AUAAGUCGUUCAGCAUAGAAAUCAAAAUCAGUAUAAAAAUUAAGCGGGAACAAUAAGAGAAUAUCAGUUAAUUUAGUUGAAAGGGAGCGCAAGUUCAAACAAAUGCCCAACAAUGUCUGCAACUCUCAAUCCAUCUCUUUUGGUUUUGGCAACCCCAAAAUCUACAACUCUUACCAACCAACGCCAACGCCAACGCCAACACCAACACCAAUCCAAACCCAUUUCUAAAGAUUCUCCUUCAGUUGGAUAUCUCAAUGAUUGCGAAACCUUAAACGAACUCAGACAACUACAAUGUCAAUUAUUAAAACAAGGCCUAAAUAAUAAUCCUUCUUAUGUUGCAAAGGUUAUCUCAACUUAUGCCCAAAUGGGUACUUCUGAAAGUUUGAACUAUGCACAGAAGACCUUUGAUCUCUUCAAAGAAGAUAAUGAAACUGCUACUUUGUUCAUGUACAAUUCUUUGAUUAGAGGGUACUCUUGUAUUGGACUUGGUGUAGAAGCUAUUUUGCUUUAUGUUGAGUUGGUGACUUUUGGUAUGUUGCCUGAUAAGUAUACUCUUCCAUUUGUGUUAAGCGCGUGCACGAAGAGUUCAGCUUACAGUGAAGGGCUUCAAGUUCAUGGAGCAACUAUCAAGAUGGGUUUCGCAGGAGAUUUGUUUGUAGAGAAUUCUUUGAUUCAUUUCUACGGUGAAUGUGGAGAGAUUGAUGAUGGAAGAAAAGUGUUUGAUGAAAUGUCUGAGAGAAAUGUUGUGUCGUGGACUAGUUUGAUUUGUGCCUAUGCUCGAAAGGAUUUGGCAAAAGAGGCUGUUGACUUGUUUUUUGAGAUGUUGGAGGAAGGAAUUAGACCCAAUUCGGUAACGAUGGUUUGUGUUAUUUCUGCUUGUGCGAAGUUGCAAGAUCUUGAUUUGGGUGAGAGAGUGUGUGCUUAUAUUGGUGAGCUGGGAAUGAAGGUGAACACCCUUAUGAUGAAUGCACUUGUUGAUAUGUACAUGAAAUGUGGUGCUGUUGAUACUGCAAAGCGGCUUUUUUAUGAAUGCAAAGAUAGGAAUUUGGUUUUGUGCAAUACAAUCAUGUCAAAUUAUGUAGGGCUGGGGAUGCCAAGAGAAGCACUUGCUAUCUUGGAUGAAAUGCUAAUACAGGGGCUGCGACCUGAUAGAGUUAGUAUGUUAUCUGCAAUCUCAGCAAGUGCGCAAUUGGGUGAUCUUCUAUGUGGAAAGCGGUGCCAUGGAUAUGUUUUGAGGAAUGGAUUAGAAGGUCGGGAUAACAUUUGUAAUUCUAUGAUUGACAUGUAUAUGAAAUGUGGCGAACAAGAAUUGGCGUGUUUAAUCUUUGAUCGAAUAUCAAACAAGGGCAUAGUAUCUUGGAAUUCAUUGAUUGCAGGAUUUGUUAGGAAUGGUGAUUUGGAAUCAGCUCGGAAAUUAUUUGGUGAGAUGCCAGAGAGUGAUCUUGUGUCCUGGAACACUAUUCUUUGUGCUUUAAUGCAAGAAAGCAUGUUUGAGGAAGCAAUUGAAUUUUUUCGACAGAUGCAGAGUGAAGGAAUCAACGCAGAUAGGAUAACAAUGGUGGGUGUUGCAUCUGCCUGUGGAUAUCUAGGAGCUCUGGAUCUUGCCAAGUGGAUUUACACUUUCAUUGAGAAAAAAGGUAUUUACUCUGAUAUGCGGCUUGGAACUGCAUUAGUUGAUAUGUUUGCCAGGUGUGGUGAUCCUCAAAGUGCGAUGCAAGUAUUCGAUAGAAUGGAGAAAAGAGAUGUGUCUGCCUGGACUGCAGCCAUUGGGGCAAAGGCUAUGGAGGGAAAUGGUGAACAAGCAGUAAAGCUUUUCAACAAGAUGCUCAGGCAGGGGGUAAAACCAGAUGAUAUUGCAUUUGUUGAAGUAUUGACAGCAUGUAGUCAUGGUGGAUUAGUGGAAAAAGGCUGGAAUCUUUUCAGGUCCAUGAAAGAAAUCCAUGGAAUUUCUCCUCAAAUUGUCCAUUAUGGGUGCAUGGUUGAUUUGCUUGGCCGUGCUGGGUUGCUGGUAGAUGCUUUAGAUCUUAUAAAGAGCAUGCCAAUGGAGCCUAAUGAUGUGAUUUGGGGCUCUCUUUUAGCUGCUUGCCGAACGCACCAAAAUGUUGACAUGGCAGCAUAUGCAGCUGAAAGAAUAACCGAAUUGGCUUCCGAUAAGUCUGGGAUUCAUGUGCUUCUAUCAAACAUAUACGCAUCAGCUGGAAAGUGGAGCAAUGUUGCAAGAGUGAGGCUACACAUGAAGGAGAGAGGGGUUCGCAAAGUGCCUGGAUCAAGCUCCAUAGAAGUCUAUGGAAAAGUUCAUGAGUUCACUUCUGGUGACGAAUCUCACCCUGAAAUGACUUCCAUCUCCUCGAUGCUACAUGAACUGAACUGCAGAUUCAGAGAUGCCGGCCAUGUUCCUGAUCUUACUAAUGUUUUACUUGAUGUGGAUGAGCAAGAGAAAGAGUACUUGCUUAGUCACCAUAGUGAGAAACUGGCCUUGGCUUUUGGACUAAUCAGUACAAGUCAAAGGAUGCCCAUUCGUGUUGUGAAGAAUCUACGAAUGUGCUCGGACUGCCACUCGUUUGCCAAACUAGUUUCAAAAAUAUAUGAGCGAGAAAUUAUUAUUCGAGAUAAUAACAGAUUCCACUUUUUCCAGCGAGGGGUCUGUUCUUGUAAUGAUUAUUGGUAGAUUAAAAGUUCCAUUCAUUUAUAACUAUCACCCAUUAGAAUAUUGCAGAUAACUUGAAGCUACAAGAAGUUUAUGCCAAUCUAUUACAGUUGAUAAUUUGUAUAUAAAAAAUGAAUCCUACAAAAAUCGGCGGCCUUCAAUCCAUGAGAACAACAAUUGAAAUAAAAUCGA